GCUUGAUGUUACAUGCGACCUUUUGGAGCAUGAACAUUGCCUUGUGUUAUAUAUUUCUUCUCGGACCCGUUCCAAGAAGCAGGUUAAUGAGUUAUCUGGAAAACCUUGGUGUGUAAAACCUGACUCUGUGUGUUUCACCGCUGUCCAGGUUCCAAGUUAGACAGAAAACUGUCUCUGCCACACCUUAAUCACAACUAACUUCACUGGCAUUCCGAAAAUGUAACAUAAAAAACACGACACAAUAAUUAGAAAACAGCAUCACAAUGAGUAGAAAGAAGUUUCAUUAAUAUCGUCGACAGUGACAUCUGGCGGACAACUACUGUCAUUGUCUCACUUCGCCUUUAAUACACUAAAGAUUUACACCGAAAAAUACAGACUUGUUUAGUUUUAUGAUGCUGUAUAUUUAUGUGAUAACCGUCGAUUACACAAUAUCAUUAUCAUAAGCUUUAAUCACCGAGGCAUAAUGUCGUGACAAAAUGAAACGGAACUACGCAUCGUGUGUCUCUGUUGUGUCUCCGGACUGUUUUUGCAGUUGCGCGUAUCUCGGCGGUUUCGUUCCGGGUGCCUAUUAGCAUGUAGCUUGUUGUUAGCGUUGUCUGCGCCCAUUGGAAGCAGUAGUUAACCUCAUUGAUUCGCGUGAUGUUUCGUUAAAAACGGACACUUUUUGGUGCAAACAUGGCGCUCUCCAUGGAAACGCAGCUCCAGAGCAUCUUUGAGGAUGUUGUGAAAACUGAGAUGAUCGAAGAGGCCUUUGCUGGGAUGUUUAUGGACACUCCAGAGGAUGAGAGGACCAAACUAAUCAGCUGCCUCGGAGCCUUCAGGCAUUACUGGGGGACACUACCACAGGAGUCUCAUGAACAGUGUGUACAGUGGAUAGUGCGGUUUAUACACAGCCAGCACAGUCCAAAAAGGAUCUCCUUCCUCUAUGACUGUCUAGCAAUGGCGGUUGAGACCAGCCUGUUAACGCCCAGGAUGGUGUGUGUGGCUCUGAUAAGCUCAGAUAGUUUGGAGUGGGAGAGGACUCAACUGUGGGCGUUAACAUUCAGACUGAUUCGCAAGAUCAUCGGAGGAGUGGACUACAAGGGUGUUCGAGAUCUGUUGAAACCUGUACUGGAUAAAAUUCAAACCAUUCCUAACACUGUCAGCUCAGCUAUAGUCCAGCAGCUUCUGGCUGCCAGAGAGGUGGUAGAAUAUAUCCUGGACAGAAAUGCCUGCCUCCUGCCAGCCUACUUUGCCGUCACAGAAAUCAGAAAACUAUAUCCAGAAGGACAGUUAUCGCACUGGCUUCUUGGCAGUAUGAUAUCAGACUUUGAGGACAGUUUCAGACCCACAGCCAGAAUCAACUCCAUCUGUGGUCGGUGCAGCUUGUUACCAGUAGUGAAUAACAGCGGGGCCAUCUGUAACUCGUGGAAAUUAGACCCCACUACUCUACGCUUCCCUCUGAAGGGCAUGCUGCCAUUUGACAAGGACCUGUUUGAGCCACAGACGGGCUUGCUGCGCUACGUGUUAGAGCAACCAUAUUCGAGAGAAAUGGUGUGCAACAUGUUAGGACUCAACAAACAGACUCUGAACAUUGCCCAGCAAAAGCAGCGUUGCCCGGUGCUAGAGGAGCAGCUGGUGGACCUCGUGGUAUACGCCAUGGAGCGCUCCGAGACCGAGGAACACUUUGACGCUGAUAUCGGGGGCACGAGCCAGUUGCUGUGGCAGCACCUCUCCUCCCAGCUCAUCUUCUUUGUGUUGUUUCAGUUUGCAAGCUUCCCUCACAUGGUGCUGUCGUUGCACCAGAAGCUUGCAGGUAGAGGUCUCAUUAAAGGUAGAGACCACCUGAUGUGGGUCCUGCUGCAGUUCAUAUCGGGAAGCAUUCAGAAGAACGCCUUAGCUGACUUCCUGCCUGUCAUGAAGCUCUUUGACCUGCUUUACCCAGAAAAAGAGUGUAUUCCAGUUCCAGACAUUAACAAGCCCCAGUCGACUCAUUCCUUCGCCAUGACCUGUAUCUGGAUCCACCUGAACCGCAAAGCUCAGAACGACAACUCCAAACUCCAGAUACCAAUACCACAUUCUCUGAAACUGCACCAUGAGUUUCUCCAGCAGUCGCUGCGUAACAAGACUCUGGGGAUGUCCGAUUACAAGAUCGCCCUGCUGUGCAACGCCUACAGCACCAACUCGGAGUGCUUCACUCUGCCGAUGGGCGUCCUGGUGGAGACCAUCUAUGGGAACGGAUCAAUGAGGAUCAACCUACCCGGCACCAACUGUAUGGCAUCAGGAUCUGUCACCCCGCUGCCUAUGAACCUGCUGGAUUCACUCACAGUGCACGCUAAGAUGAGUCUGAUCCACAGUAUUGCCACACGGGUAAUAAAACUGGCCCAGGCCAAAUCCAGCAUUGCUCUGGCCCCUGCACUGGUAGAAACAUACAGCAGACUGUUGGUCUACAUGGAGAUCGAGUCACUGGGCAUCAAAGGAUUCAUCAGCCAGCUGCUGCCCAAUGUGUUUAAGUGUCACGCUUGGGGAAUCCUUCACACGUUACUGGAGAUGUUCAGCUACAGGAUGCACCACAUCCAGCCACACUACAGAGUCCAACUGCUAAGUCAUCUGCACAGUCUGGCUGCUGUGCCCCAGACCAACCAGAACCAGCUGCAUCUGUGUGUUGAGAGCACAGCUCUGCGGUUGAUCACAGCCUUGGGGAGCUCUGAAGUGCAGCCCCAGUUCACUCGCUUCCUCAACGACCCAAAGACGGUUCUGUCAGCUGAAUCUGAGGAGCUGAACCGAGCCUUGAUCCUCACCCUGGCCAGAGCCACACACGUCACUGAUUUUUUCACAGGGUCCGACUCCAUCCAUGGGACUUGGUGUAAAGACAUCCUCCAAACCAUCAUGAACUUCACGCCUCAUAACUGGGCAUCACACACACUCUCCUGCUUCCCUGCUCCACUACAGGCGUUCUUCAAACAGAACAACGUUCCUCAGGAGUCUCGAUUCAACCUGAAGAAGAACGUGGAAGAGGAGUACAGAAAGUGGAAGUCCAUGGCCAAUGAGAACGACAUCAUUACCCACUUCUCCAUGCAGGGAUCGCCCCCACUGUUCCUCUGUCUGCUGUGGAAGAUGCUGCUGGAGACAGACCACAUAAACCAGAUAGGCUUCAGGGUCUUGGAGCGUAUCGGGGCUCGUGCACUGGUGGCUCACGUGCGAACAUUUGCAGACUUCCUUGUCUACGAGUUCUCAACAUCUGCCGGCGGGCAGCAGCUGAACAAGUGCAUCGAAAUUCUCAACGACAUGGUCUGGAAAUACAACAUAGUCACCCUGGACAGACUCAUCCUGUGUCUGGCGAUGCGCAGCCACGAGGGCAACGAGGCUCAGGUCUGUUACUUCAUAAUCCAGCUGCUGCUGCUGAAGCCCAACGACUUCAGGAACCGAGUUAACGAUUUUGUCAAGGAGAACGCUCCUGAGCACUGGCUGCAGAGCGACUGGCACACCAAGCACAUGAGCUACCACAAGAAAUACCCAGAGAAGCUGUACUUCGAGGGCCUUGCAGACCAAGUCAACCCUCCCAUGCAGCUCCAGCCUCAGUACCUGCCCAUCUACUUCGGCAACGUGUGCCUGCGCUUCCUGCCCGUCUUUGAUAUCGUCAUCCACCGCUUCCUGGAGCUCCUUCCUGUCUCCAAGUCUCUGGAAACGCUCCUCGAUCAUCUGGGAGGCUUGUACAAGUUUCAUGACCGCCCAGUCACCUACCUCUACAACACACUUCACUACUACGAGCGACAUCUGAGAGACAGAACCAAUCUGAAGAGGAAGCUUGUGCACGCCAUCAUGUCGUCACUGAAGGACAACCGUACGCCAGGUUGGUGCCUGAGUGAAACCUACCUGAAGUUUGGCAUGAACCCAAGAGAGGACAACGUGUGGAUCCCUGAUGACACCUACUACUGCAAGCUGAUUGGACGCCUGGUGGACACCAUGGCUGGCAAGUCACCCGGCCCCUUCCCCAACUGUGACUGGAGGUUCAAUGAGUUCCCCAACCCCGCAGCCCACGCCCUGCACGUCACCUGCGUGGAGCUGAUGGCUUUGGCCGUGCCAGGAAAAGAUGUCGGGAACGCUCUGCUCAACGUUGUGUUGAAGAGCCAACCUCUGGUUCCCAGGGAGAGCAUCAUAGCUUGGAUGAAUGCCAUUGGGCUUGUGAUUACUGCACUUCCUGAGCCCUACUGGAUCGUUCUCCACGACCGCAUUGUGUCUGUGAUCAGCUCUCCGGCGCUGACGUCUGAGACAGAGUGGGCAGGUUGUCCCUUCGCCUUGCUGGACUUCACAGCCUGCCACCAGAGCUACAGUGAAAUGAACUGCAGCUAUGUGCUAGCAUUAGCGCACGCUGUCUGGCAUCACUCCUCCAUCGGACAGCUGUCUCUUAUCCCCAAAUUCCUGUCAGAGACGCUGAAGCCCGUCGUCCAGACAGAGUUCCAGUUACUCUACGUGUAUCACCUGGUGGGACCGUUCCUGCAGCGCUUCCAGCAGGAGAGGACCCGAUGCAUGUUGGAGAUCGGCGUGGCCUUCUAUGAGAUGCUCCAGGCGGUGGACCAGCACUCCCAACAUCUCAGCUACAUGGAUCCAAUCUGUGACUUCCUCUAUCACAUCAAAUACAUGUACACUGGAGACAGCGUGAAGGAGCAGGUGGAGAAAAUCAUCAUGACUUUACGUCCGGCGAUGAAGCUGCGCCUGCGCUUCAUCACACACAGCAGCAUCGUAGAGACUUCGUCGCUGGCUGCCACCGCCACCUCCGUUUCCUCCUCCACCUCCUCCUCCUCCACCCCUCAGCCGUCCACCUCCUCGCUCUCGUCAUCCUCCGCCGCCGCCUCGCCCUCCUCCACACAGCACACACACACACCUAUGUAGGCGACUUAGCUCAUCACAGUCGUGACAACUUGACUUUUACAUGUGACCACAUCAGAGACUGUUAUAUUUUGUGUUUUUGGAACAUUUCAUGAGUGUGUAAAAACAAUUGUUUUGCUCUCUAGGAAACUCUCACAAUGAAUCAUGAACAGAAUUCAGAGGUACUGAUACAUUAAGACAUCUUUGAAGUGGAGAAUCUCUUGCUCUGCUGCGUUCAAGAAGGUCACAAACACACAGAAUUUCUCAUUACUAUCAUGCCAUCUGUUUUACUUUUCUGUUUGUAGUCAAUUUUUAUAUUGUACAUUUUGACUCUUCAUUAAAAAAAAGGUUUUGGUAA